AUGCAGGCACAACGUCAGCCCCGAUGUGUGUCGGGCUGCGGCGGUUUCAGUUUUGAUCUCCCCCCCCCCGCCCCACCUCUGCAGUGUGGCUUCGCGCUGCUCGAGGCGGGAUCGGUGCGCACCAAGAACACCAAGAACAUCCUGCUCAAGAAUCUUCUCGACGCCUGCCUUGGUGCCAUCAUCUGGUGGCUAUGGGGCAUGGGCGUCGCCUAUGGAGACAGCGGAGAUUACGACGACGGAAACGAGUUCAUCGGCACCGCUCCCAACAAUGGCGGUCCAUUCGCGGCCGCCGGCUGGGAAGGGAAGGACUGGCAAGAGUCGGGGGGAGAAGGCUACGGCUACACGAUGGCCCUCUGGUUUUUCCAGUACGUCUUUGCUGCCGCCGCUGCCACCAUCGUCUCUGGCGCUGUCGCUGAGCGGGCGCAGCUCAUCGCCUACCUCAUCUACACGACCAUCAUCACGGGCUUCAUCUACCCCGUCGUCGUGCACUGGGUGUGGUGUGAUGGUGGCUACCUCUCUGGUGGCUUCACCAAGGAUAAAGACAAAACCUGGGCUGGCGGCUGCAUCGACUUCGCGGGCUCGGGCGUGGUCCACAUGACGGGCGGCGUGGCGGCGCUCUGCGGCGCGUUUGUGAUUGGGCCGCGGGCGGGGCGGUUCGACGAGAGCGGCAAGGUGAUGCCGAUCCCGGGCCAGUCGACUCCGUUCCAGGUCGUCGGUACUUUCAUCCUCUGGAUGGGCUGGUACGGCUUCAACCCGGUGCCGCGCCGCCGCCGCCUGCAACCCGGCCUCGCGCCUCAUAUCCCUCACAGCUCGCCUCCGCUCUCUGCUGAUUGCGCGGUCAUGGCGCGGGCCGCGAUGUGCACGACCGUGUCCGCCUCCAUCGGCGGCCUCACCGUCGUCUUCUUCGACCGCAUUUUCUCCAAGACGUACGACGUGGGCAUGGUCUGCAACGGCAUCCUCGCCGGCCUCGUCUCCAUCACCGCCGGUUGCGCGUCGAUGCACGUGUGGGCCGCGUUUCUCACCGGCUUUAUCGGCGCCUUCGUUUACUACGGCGCUUCCAAGACGAUGCUCAAGCUCAAGAUCGACGACCCGCUCGACGCGUAUGCCGUCCAUGGCGCGUGCGGCGGCUGGGGCGUCAUCGCGGUCGGCAUCUUCGGAAGCAACAACUACAUCACGAUGGGGUGGGCCGUGCCCUUCCCUUCCCCCUCGCCUCCAGGCAUCAUCUACGGCGGCGGCACACUCCUCGGCGCGCAGAUCGCCGCGGUUUGCAUCGAGACGCUGUGGGUUGCCACUCUCUCGCUCAUGAUACACGCGCUGCUCACAUUCGCCCGGAUGAGAAUAGGCAUCCUCCGUGUGUCGGAGGAGGUGGAGAUGGCGGGCAUGGACGUGUCCAAGCACGGCGGCUCCGCCUACUCGACCGCCUAG